AUGGAUACACCGAGUUCAAAAUCAUCUGCAGAGGCUAAUCCUGGUGGUGAACUUGAAGCAACAGCUAGUCAUCAAGUAGAGGAAGUUCCUAGUGGGAACAAGUGGAUGGCAUUUGAUGCAGGUAAGAGGUUGAAUGAUUCUAAGAGAGCGCCGUGUGAUGAUAUUUUAACAGGAGCAAGUAUAGAGGAGAGGACUGCAGAAUGGGGAGUGGUUGUGAAAAUGCAGGUGGAGGUAAGCAAGUACACCGAAGGUGUAAAUGAUAACGCAUUGAGGCCAAAUGGGUUGCCCAAGUCUUUAAUUCGCUAUGAUGCUCGUCAGAAGGAGGAGGCUUUGGGUUCCAUCACGGAGGUUGUACAAACUAUAAAGCACCCUCGAUCUCAUACAAGGACUGUAAGUCAUGAUGCCCUUAGCAGGCAUGAAGAGCUGGAGAAAUUCAACCUUGAUUAUGUGCUGCCUAACUCUGCUCAGCUCGAUAGUCUCCCCAUGCCAGCCACUCAAACUCCUCUGUUAGACUCCUCAACUUGUUUACACGAUUCAGCAAAGAAAUCAAGAAAUUCCGCGCGCAUUUCCCUAAUGGGGUUUAAAAGCAAGUCUAUGAGUUAUGCUCCAAAGCAGGAAAAACAACCAAAAAUUGAACCAGAAAUUUUGAUGACAAGAGAUAUAGAACAUUCCGACAGUUGGGAGCGUUCUGAAAGAGAAAGAGAUAUACGCCAAGGGAUUGAUCUAGCAACCACUUUGGAGCGGAUCGAGAAGAACUUUGUGAUCACUGAUCCAAGGCUUCCUGAUAAUCCUAUUAUAUUUGCAUCUGAUACCUUUCUUGAAUUGACAGAGUACACACGCGAAGAAAUUUUGGGAAGAAACUGUCGAUUUCUCCAGGGCCCCGAAACCGAUCAAGCUACUGUCUCAAAGAUAAGAGAUGCUAUCAGAGAACAAAGGGAAAUCACUGUUCAGCUGAUCAACUACACUAAGAGUGGAAAGAAAUUCUGGAACUUAUUCCAUUUGCAACCCAUGCGUGAUCAGAAGGGUGAGCUUCAAUAUUUCAUUGGUGUCCAACUUGAUGGCAGUGAUCAUGUUGAACCUCUUCGAAACCGACUCUCUGAAAAAACAGAGCAGCAAAGUGCCAAAUUGGUUAAAGCUACUGCAGAAAAUGUUGAUGAAGCUGUUAGAGAACUU